GGCCUAAAGUUUCGUAAACUUCCUGUAGAUGGGUUAGAAACGAAACUACCCAGCCUGCAAUUUUGCGCCAUUUUCUUUACAUUAUCUGUGGUUCAGUCGGUGACACGUGAGGAGAAAUGGGGGUUGAACUGCUGCUCAUGGAGACUCUGGAGGAGCUGGAUAAUUGUGAGUUUGAAAAGUUUAAGUGGUUCCUCUCGAUGGAGCUCAUGAACGGCUGCAAACCAAUUCCUAAGUCCUAUCUCGAGGGAAAACCCCGCACAGAAACUGUGAGUAAGAUGGUUCAGAUGUACGGUGACGACUCGGCUGUGAACUUCACUCUUGAGAUCCUGAAGAAGAUGAACAUGAACAAUACUGCACAGAAGUUAAAGAACACACACACAGGGGGAACAACAGCUGCAUCCUCCACCUCCUCCUCUGCUUCGGCACCUGCUGUUGCUCCGACCACAAUAUCAGCUCAGCAGGGAGGUGUGGUCAUCGCCCCGACAGUCAGUGGUUCCACUGCUGGAUCAUGGAAUAUAACUAUCAACAAAGCGUGAUUUGUUACCCUGCUAAAUAAACAACAAAACAAGCA